AUGUCUGUUGGGGUAACCGAUGCUGUGAUAGAGGAAUCAAAACCUCCUCCCCUAAGUGAUUUCGACAAGACAAGAAUAUGUACGUGGAACAAAGACCCGCCUGUUCAAAACCGCCAUUGCCUGAGCACACUCAUCCAUGAACAGUGCUUGUCACAGCCAAAAGCACUCGCAGUAUGUGCAUGGGAUGGCGAACUCAACUAUGUAGAGCUAGAAGACCUCUCAUCAGCACUUGCCCAGCACUUAAUAGCGCUGGGCGUUGGCCGGGAUGUGUUUGUGCCUCUUUGCUUUGAGAAAUCGCGAUGGACGACUGUCGCUAUACUUGGGAUAAUCAAGGCUGGCGGUGCAUUUGUCCUGCUAGACCCAUCUCAUCCAGAGGCUCGGCUCGUCGAGAUCUGUCAGAAGAUAUCUGCGAAAUUGAUUAUUUCUUCAUCAAAACAUGCUGAAUUGGCCGCGCGUCUAAUUACUACCGUCAUCGAAAUAAAAGACCAGAAUUCAGAGUGGCUUGUUAGUGAUGAUCCAUGGACUCCUUCACCAACGGCCCCUGAGGAUGCUCUCUAUGCCGUCUUUACCUCUGGUUCAACCGGUACCCCUAAAGGGGUAGUUAGCAACCAUUCAUCAUUCGGCGCUGCGAUCCAUCCGUAUACUCAAGCUGUUGAACUUGAUGAAGAAUCUCGAGUUUUCCAAUUCGCCUCCUACGCAUUUGACGUUACCAUAUUUGAUAUCCUCAUGACUUUGAUCAACGGUGGAUGCAUUUGCGUCCCCUCAGAUGAUGACCGCUGGGGCGAUAUCACAACGGCAAUUCAACGAACUCAAGCCACCCACUGCAGCUUUACACCUACCGUUGCGCGAAUCCUUGAACCAAAGAAUUUCCCGACUUUGAGAACAUUGGUCCUUGGUGGGGAGAAGCUCGAGAUGGCCGAUUUUGCCAGGUGGGUUGGCCAUGUUCGAGUCCUCAAUUUGUAUGGCGCGUCUGAGUGCUCGAUCAUGUCAAUCCAGCAGGUGGCUGGUGAGGUAUCUGCUCUUCAGACGCUCAACUAUGAGACAGGGAGUAGACGUUGGAUUGUAGAUCCAGAUAACCAUGAUGUACUUCUGCCCAUAGGAACCAUCGGAGAACUAGUGAUUGAAGGAUGCAUCGUAGGUCGUGGCUAUAUCGGCCCAGAGAACACAGCGGCCAAAUUUAUCCAACCUCCUAUAUGGUUACGCCAAUUUAGAGGCCCCGAGUACUGUAUCCCAGUGUACAAGAGCGGCGAUCUCGCACAAUACACCACUGAUGGAUCAGUUCGAUUUAUCGGGCGCAAGGACACACAAGUCAAGCUUCGAGGACAGCGCAUCGAGCUCGGUGAUGUAGAGCAUCAUAUCCGGUUGGCGCUUCCCGACGCAAGAGACGUGGUCGCAGAGGUCGUAACUUUCCCUGAUUCCUCAAGGCCUCCUACGCUCGUAGCUUUCAUACACGCCAGAAAUGAUAGCGUCGUGAAGAGCGGCGGACACACGAUAAUGUCACCAAGACUCAUUGACGGGCCUAGCGAUUCAUUCCGCUCCCGGGUUCCCUCCGUACAGUCUACGCUUCAACAAUCGUUACCUUCUUACAUGGUUCCUUCGGUCUUCCUCCCGUUAGAAAGCCUGCCAUUGACUAGCACGGAUAAGAUAAACCGUAAGCUUUUACGGGAAUCUGCAGCUGUAUUAUCAAAAGAAGAGCUAGAACAAUACCAACCAACAACGACGGCUAGACGCAUACCCUUAACAGAUACGGAGAAGUUCUUGCAUCGGUGUUUUUGCCGGGUACUUCGCCUGGAGCCAGAUCAAGUUGGAGCUGAGGAUCACUUUUUCCAUCGAGGUGGAGAUUCUCUUAUGGCAAUGGAGUUGGUGGCAAUGGCUCGCAGAGACAAGUACAUGCUUACUGUUCGCGACAUAUUUGAGCACCCUCAGUUGUCCGCUCUAGCGUGCGCCAUCCAGUCCGGGGUAGACGAGGACGACGAAGCUCCUCCAACCCCAUUUUCUCUAGUUGGUGGGCGGCGGGAUGUGAUCAGAGCUGCUGCUCAACAAUGUUGCCUACCGAUCCGGGCAAUUGAAGAUAUCUACCCCUGUACGCCGCUUCAGUGCGGCCUUAUGUCUGAGACAAUGCGAGACCCUAAGGCAUUUGUUGCGAAUAUUUCUCUUCCUUUGCCACGAGAUAUAGACCUUCCGCGUCUGAAAGCCUCGUGGCUAGCUGUAGCAGCUGCUCAUCCAAUUCUACGUACGAGGGUGGUUCUAUCCCCUUCUCAUGGCCUGCUGCAGGUAGUGGUCCGUGAGGAUAUUGAAUGGACUGGAUCGAAGAGCAUUGGAGAUCAAGAUUUCAGUGUCGGUGUUGGGAAGCCACUGGUGCGGUUACACCUCUGUAGCUCACAGAACAAUGACGAUCAGACUUGUCUGCUUUUGAAUAUCCAUCAUGCUAUCUACGAUGGGUGGACUCUACCCCUGAUCUUCAAGGAAGUCGAUGCCGCAUACCAUGGAAGAACUCCGUUACCACGCCCUAUUACUCCCUUUAUUCGCUACCUACAGUCAACCUCCGAUUCCACGCGUUAUUGGAGUACUUUAGUGGAAGGCUUUCAGACUCCUGUAUUUCCUCCUUUGCCUGACAAAGAACACAACCCAUCUCCCAGAGCCAUCAUAAACACCACAAUUAAGCCGUUAAGUCAGCACUCCAAGGAUUUCACUCCGAACGCUUACGUGCGAUUAGCGUGGGCGAUCACUCAGGCUCAAUGUCAAGGUACCAAGGAUGUCUGCUUUGGGGUAGUGGUAUCGGGUCGAAACGCACCAGUUGCCAACAUUGAAUCAAUGACCAUCCCGACCAUUGCGGCAAUCCCAUACCGUAUCGUAUUAUAUCCCCAGCUUUCAGUGUAUGAUUCUCUUCUUAAGGUCCAAUCCGAUACGAUCUCUGGUAUCCCCUUUGAGCAAUUUGGCCUCACUGAAAUACGCCGAUUAGGGGAAGAUGCCAUAUUAGCAUGUUCCUUCCAAACAUUACUAGUGAUGCAACCAGGAGAAGCCCCGAGUAAAAUCUCGUGGAUAGAAGAGAUAGAGUCGGAGUUAGAUUACCAGACAAACGCGACUUAUGCCAUUAGUCUGAUUUGUAAGCCUGAGGGAAACAAAAUGAAGGUUACAGUACUCUAUAACCCCGAUGUGGUGAAAGAAGAUAAAAUGCGGUGGAUAAUAACUAAUUUCGGUGAUGCCUUGCAAGUUUUGCAUCAAAAUCCCAGCAGCCAAAUUAGAGAUAUACUUAACUCCUAG